AUGACUACUGAGCGUGAAAGCAAGACUUUCCUGGCCCGCCUCUGCGAGCAGGCCGAGCGUUACGAUGAGAUGGUUACCUACAUGAAGGAGGUUGCUAAGCUUGGUGGUGAGCUCUCCGUUGACGAGCGCAACCUUCUCUCCGUUGCCUACAAGAACGUGGUCGGUACCCGACGUGCCUCUUGGAGAAUCAUCUCGUCGAUCGAGCAGAAGGAGGAGUCCAAGGGCUCUGACAAGCACGUCUCCACUAUCCGCGACUACCGAAACAAGAUCGAGACCGAGCUCGAGAAGGUUUGCCAAGAUGUUUUGGACGUCCUGGACGAGAGCUUGAUCCCUAACGCCGCCACCGGCGAGUCCAAGGUCUUCUAUCACAAGAUGAAGGGUGAUUAUCACCGCUACUUGGCCGAGUUCGCGUCUGGCGAGAAGCGAAAGGUCGCUGCUACUGCCGCCCACGAGGCUUACAAGAGCGCCACCGACGUUGCACAGACUGAGCUCACCCCGACGCAUCCCAUCCGUCUCGGUCUUGCCCUCAACUUCUCCGUGUUCUACUACGAGAUCCUCAACUCGCCCGAUCGUGCUUGCCAUCUCGCCAAGCAGGCCUUCGACGAUGCUAUCGCCGAGCUUGACUCGUUGUCUGAGGAGUCUUACCGUGACAGCACUCUUAUCAUGCAGCUGCUCCGUGACAACCUGACCCUGUGGACUUCGUCGGAGAGCGCCGAGGGCGAGGGUACAGGUGCCCAAGAGGCUGCUAAGGAAGACAAGCCCGCCGAGGAGGCUGAGAAGCCUAAGGAGGAUGCCCCUGCUCCUACCGAGUCUUAG